AUGCAGCUCUCGGACUUGCCAGAUUUGUACGGCAAUGAGUUAAACAUGCAACAUUUUACUAAAUUAAUCAGAGGAAGUCCAAGAACUAGAGCUAUAAAAGAUCGACUAAAAUGGGACAAGAAAAAUUACGAUUUGAUUGAAGAACACGAUCAAUUUUACCGGGAUCACAAACUUCUACUUUCUCUCUUUAGAGUCCUUGCGGUUAUGCCGGUUCAAAGAGACAUCGGAAGAAUAAAAUUCUCAUGGAAGAGUCCUCCGAUGAUUUACGCGUAUUUUUUCUAUGCGAUAACUACGAUCUUGGUAUUUCUGGUGGGCUGGGAAAGAUUGGAUAUUCUUACAAAUAGAAGCAAAAAAUUUGACGAAUAUAUUUACUCAAUCAUCUUUGUGGUUUAUUUAAUACCACACUUUUGGAUUCCAUUCGUAGGUUGGGGAGUGGCUUACGAAGUUUGUGAUUAUAAAAAUAGUUGGGGCAGCUUUCAACUUCUGUACUUUCAGGUUACGGGCAAAAAUUUGGAGUUUCCAUAUCUAAGCACGUUAAUCGUAAUAAUAAGCAUGGGAAGCGUUAUAGUCGCAAUUAUUUUCCUGCUAACGUUGAGCGUUUUAAUGGAGGGUUUCACUUUAUAUCAUACUAUUGCUUAUUAUCAUAUCAUCACGAUGAUCAACAUGAAUUGCGCCCUUUGGUAUAUAAACUGCAGAGCCAUCGGAAACGCCAGCACCGCUUUAGCUGAUAGUUUUGAAAAAGAUCUGGAAGUCAGCUCAUCAGCGUUCAUCAUCGCCCAAUAUAGAUAUCUGUGGCUUUUGCUCAGCGAACUGUUGCAGAAAUUGGGAAACGCAUACGCAAGAACUUACUCCACCUAUUCACUGUUCAUGAUGAUGAACAUUACAAUUGCUGUUUAUGGAUUUACGUCAGAAAUUAUAGACCACGGAUUGAAAUUUAGUUUUAAAGAAAUCGGUCUUUUGGUCGAUGGACUUUAUUGCUUAACUUUGUUCUUUGUAUUUUGCAACUGUUCACAUCAGGCUUCUGCAAACAUUGCCAACAGAGUUCAAUUCUCGCUUAUGAACAUCAACGUCUAUUCAGUGGACGUGGAAACCACCAAAGAAAUACAACUGUUUUUAAAGGCCAUACAAAACAACCCACCAAAGGUGUCAUUGAAGGGAUAUACAGUGGUAAAUAGGGAACUUAUAACUUCUAGCCUUGCAACUGUCGCAAUAUACUUGAUAGUUCUCCUGCAGUUCAAGAUUAGCUUGAUAAAUUUGCGGGGUUAACGGUAAUAAUUCAUCAUAAUAGUAUCGAUUAUAUGUAUUUUUUUAAUGGAUAAUUAUUCUUACACUGGUAACUAUGGUGACACAUUUACAAUAAACGAUAGAUUUGAAUAAUGUG